CUAUCGGCUCUCGUCGUCCAAUAAAAUGACGCGGUUUCCGCUGCGCUCUUAUUUCACCCUCAGAUUGAGAAAGAAACGCAGCUCGAGUUCCGUCGACACGAAGUCAUCGGAAAUAAAACAUUAAAAACAAAACAUUUCGUGUUUUUAAAGCAACGUAUUCAUUUUUGAGGAAUCCACUUUUUCGUUUGCUUUUUUUGAAAGUCUUAUCGACAGGAAUCGCAGGACACGGCAGCAGCAAGAGCGAUAUACCGGCAAACAAAGAAACCCGAUUGUCCGCGACAUCAAACCUCUUCACUCGUUAGUUAUGAGUCAUGUGGCCGUCGGUCUAGAUCAGCAGCUCGCUGUCUUAGACUUAAACUCCGCUGAUGUUCAAGGGGUCCCUGGAAGACGUUACAUUCCACCUCAUUUAAGGAACAAAGAAGCUUCCAAAAAUGAUUCUCCUGGCGGUUGGGAUAAUGGAAGUAGCAAUGGCUUUGUGAAUGGCUACCAUGAUGGCCGUGACAACCGCAUGAAUGGGGGCAACAGUUUUGGUGGCCGUGGUCCUAUGCGCAAUGACCGUGGUGGAAGAGGAGGGUUCAGGGGCAUAACCAGUGGCCCCUACAACCCCAUACAGCCAAUGCAGAAUGCAGGGUUUGGCUAUGACAACAAAGAUGGAGGUGGAUGGAAUGCCCCAAAAGACAAUGCCUACAACAGCUUUGGUGGACGCUCUGACAGGGGCAAAUCUUCUUUCAAUGACCGAGGGUCUUCCUCCAGGGGACGGUAUGAGCGUGGAGGUUUUGGUGGAGGUGGAAACAGCCGAUGGGUGGAGGACUCCAGAGAUGAAGACUGGUCCAAACCAUUGCCCCCCAACGAACGCCUUGAACAUGAGCUGUUCUCUGGAAGCAACACAGGGAUUAACUUUGAGAAAUAUGACGACAUUCCUGUUGAAGCCACGGGCAACAAUUGUCCUCACCAUAUUGAAAGUUUCCAUGAUUUAGAGAUGGGAGAGAUCAUUAUGGGUAAUAUAAACCUGACCCGCUACACGCGCCCAACUCCAGUCCAGAAGCACGCCAUUCCAAUCAUCAAGUCAAAGAGGGACCUGAUGGCGUGCGCGCAGACAGGUUCUGGUAAGACUGCAGCCUUCCUGCUUCCAGUGUUGAGUCAGAUCUACACCGAUGGACCAGGAGAAGCCCUACAGGCUGUAAAGAACAGUGCCCAGGAAAAUGGGAAAUAUGGCCGCCGUAAGCAGUAUCCCAUUUCACUGGUUCUAGCCCCAACAAGGGAACUGGCUCUUCAGAUCUACGAUGAGGCCCGGAAGUUUGCUUACCGCUCUCAUGUUCGGCCCUGUGUGGUGUAUGGAGGAGCUGAUAUCGGGCAGCAGAUUCGUGAUCUGGAAAGAGGCUGUCAUCUGCUGGUGGCCACACCAGGUCGUCUGGUGGACAUGAUGGAGAGAGGCAAGAUUGGCUUGGACUACUGCAAUUACUUGGUGCUGGAUGAAGCUGACAGGAUGUUGGAUAUGGGUUUUGAGCCACAGAUCCGCCGUAUUGUGGAGCAGGACACCAUGCCUCCUAAAGGUCUGCGUCAGACCAUGAUGUUCAGUGCCACCUUCCCUAAGGAGAUCCAGAUCUUGGCUCGUGACUUCCUGGAGGAGUACAUCUUCCUGGCUGUGGGCAGAGUUGGUUCCACCUCUGAGAAUAUCACCCAGAAGGUGGUGUGGGUUGAGGAAAAUGACAAGAGGUCCUUCUUGCUCGACCUACUCAAUGCCACAGUCAUUCCGAAUGAGGUUCAGGACAAUACGGGGGAGAACGUAGAAAAACCUGGUAAAGAAUCUCUGACAUUAGUGUUUGUUGAGACCAAGAAGGGAGCUGAUGCUCUUGAGGACUUCCUGUACCGUGAAGGCUAUGCCUGCACUAGUAUCCAUGGUGACCGUUCCCAGAGAGACCGCGAGGAAGCGCUCCACCAGUUCCGCUCUGGGAAAUGCCCUAUCUUAGUUGCCACUGCUGUGGCUGCUCGUGGUCUGGACAUCUCCAAUGUAAAACAUGUCAUUAAUUUCGACCUGCCUAGUGACAUUGAAGAAUAUGUUCAUCGUAUUGGACGUACUGGUCGUGUAGGCAACCUUGGUCUUGCCACAUCAUUCUUUAAUGAUAAGAAUGGCAACAUCACCAAGGACCUGUUGGACAUCUUGGUGGAGGCCAAGCAGGAGGUACCAUCUUGGCUGGAGAGCCUGGCCUAUGAGCACCAACACAAGAGCAGCAGCCGUGGACGUGCCAAGAGGUUCUCUGGUGCUUUUGGUGCCAGGGACUACCGUCAGACCAGCAACAACACCAGCAGUGGAGGCUUCGGAAAUCGUGGUGGCCGUAGCGCAGGGGGCCAUGGUGGAAACCGUGGAUUUGGUGGCGGUGGCUUUGGCAACUUUGGCUACAACAGUGAUGGCUAUGGUGGAAACUACUCUCAGGUGGACUGGUGGGGAAACUGAGACUCCUUCCCUUGAUCUUUUCACCCUCCCUCCCCCCCCACCCCCCACAA